AUGGUUAAAUUAUUUGCGAGACCACUUCCCAUUGAUCCCGUCACCCAAAAAGCAAAUGCAAUCAAUAUUUUUAGCAUUGGUAAACCUUACAUGAGAGCAUUUCAUUUUUCAUGGCUUUCUUUCCUAACCGCUUUUACAGGCUGGUUCGCUAUUGCACCAAUAAUGCCCGCAAUCAAGAAAGAUCUCAACCUAACGGUAGCAGAAGUUGGUGAUAGUAAUCUCACCUCAAUCGCAUCUACAAUUAUCUUUCGUGUGAUCAUUGGACCAUUAUGUGAUCGUUUUGGACCUAAACGAAUAAUGGCAGCUUUACUCGUGGUCGGUGCCAUUCCAGUCGGUCUUAGCGGUCUAGCCAAUAAUGCUUCUGAAUUCAUUACACUCCGAUUCUUCAUUGGUGUCAUUGGGGCCACUUUUGUACCAUGUCAAUUUUGGACUACCCAAAUGUUUAGCAGUUCCGUGGUUGGAAGUGCAAAUGCUUUGGUAGGAGGAUGGGGAAAUAUGGGAGCCGGAGUAACUUAUGUUAUCAUGCCUAUUGUACUUGAAGGAAUUUUAAGUAGAGGGGUGAGUGAACACAACGCUUGGAGAAUUGCUAUGGUUGUUCCAGCCGGACUUUGUCUCGUUGUAGGAUUAGGCUGCUUAUUAUUUUCCGACGAUUGUCCUCAAGGGGACUGGUCUCGACGCGGUCUUUCCAUUGAACAAACCUCUAAAUAUGACGCUGAUGAAGUUUAUAAUGCUAAUUCGGAAAAAAAUAACGCAACUAAAGUUGAAAAAAGUGAUGCCGCAAGCAUAGAUUCGGAAACCAACGUCCCAGCGCGUACCGCUGUGAAAAAUCCAACUAUUGGAACGUUUCUCUUAGCGCUUAAAAAUCCAAAUGUAAUAAUCUUAAUGUUUAUGUACGCUUGUUCUUUCGGUAUUGAACUUGCGGUCGACAAUGUUAUUGGAUAUUUCUUUUAUGAACAUUUUGCACUCUCACUGAAAAAUGCUGGUUUAAUUGGAUCAUUAUUUGGUUUGAUGAACCUUUUCUCUCGCGCCACUGGAGGUUUCUUGUCCGAUUACUUUUACCAAAAAGCGGGUAUUCGAGGUCGAUUACUCGUUCAUUUCAUAAUGAUUUUCUUAAACGGAAUAUUCUUGAUCAUUUUCCACUUUUCUUUAACUGGUUUGAAUCAAUCAAUUGUCAUAUUGAUUAUCUUCAGUUAUUUCACUCAGGCUUGUUGCGGUUCAGUUUUUGGAAUUGUACCAUUUGUUGACCCGACCAUUGUAGGAGCCAUAUCGGGAUUGGUUGGAGCUGGUGGAAAUGUUGGUGGUUUAAUAUUUACUGGAGUAUUCAAAGCUUAUUCUCAUGAUACACCUGCCGCAUUUUUGGUCUUGGGAGGUGUGACCAUAGGAGUGUCACUUAUGACCUUCUUGAUGAAAAUUGAUGGACGCAGGUUACUUGAAAUUAGACGAAAAUAA